CUGUCCGGGUGCGCGCGCCGCUGCUGCGGCUUUUUCUCUGGCCUCCGCGGCGCGCCCCUCCUUGCUUUAGUGCUCGCGGGCACGCGGCUCCCUUUCGUGAGCUUCCCGAGGGCUAGGCGCCGGCCGGCUGCGAAGACGUGGAAGGCAGCGCCUUGGGAAUUGAACCCAGGAGCACUUAACCACUGAGCCACAUCUCCAGCUCUUUUUAUAUUUUAUUUUGAGACAGAGUCUUGCUAAGUUGCUUAGCGCCUCACUAAGUUGCUGAGACUGGCUUGAACUUUUGAUCCUCCUGCCUCAGCCUCCCAAGCCACUUAGAUUACAGAUUGAAAUCACAGAAGACAUACGUGUUCCUAAAAGGAAAAGAGGAAAUCUGUGUACUUUUUUGUCGGCUUCCAAAGAUUACUAACUUUUAUCUGUAUCACUAAAACUGAACUGCCUUGGCUCUACUGCUACUUUUAUUGCUGCUUCCAUUAUUGCCUUCUUCAGCAAACUAAGGCUUUCAGAAGCCAAAGAAUAACAAGAAAUAAGCAUCAUUUUAGAAGCCUUUCCACUAUGAAACUUAAACUAAAUGUGCUCACCAUUAUUUUGCUGCCUGUCCACUUGUUAAUAACAAUAUACAGUGCCCUUAUAUUUAUUCCAUGGUAUUUUCUUACCAAUGCCAAGAAGAAAAACGCUAUGGCAAAGAGAAUAAAAGCUAAACCUACUUCAGACAAACCUGGAAGUCCAUAUCGCUCUGUCACACACUUCGACUCACUAGCUGUCAUAGACAUCCCUGGAGCAGACACUCUGGAUAAAUUAUUUGACCAUGCUGUAUCUAAGUUUGGGAAGAAGGAUAGCCUUGGGAUCAGGGAAAUCCUAAGUGAAGAAAAUGAAAUGCAGCCAAAUGGAAAAGUCUUCAAGAAGUUAAUUCUCGGGAAUUAUAAAUGGAUGAACUAUAUCGAAGUGAACCGUAGAGUGAAUAACUUUGGUAGUGGACUUACUGCAUUGGGACUGAAACCAAAGAACACCAUUGCCAUUUUCUGUGAGACCAGAGCUGAAUGGAUGAUUGCAGCACAGACCUGCUUUAAGUACAACUUUCCUCUUGUGACUUUAUAUGCCACACUUGGCAAAGAAGCAGUAGUUCAUGGACUAAAUGAAUCCGAGGCUUCUUAUCUGAUUACUAGUGUUGAACUUCUGGAAAGCAAACUUAAGACUGCACUGUUAGAUAUCAGUUCUGUUAAACACAUAAUUUAUGUGGAUAAUAAGACUAUCAAUAAAGCAGAAUACCCUGAAGGAUUUGAGAUUCACAGCAUGCAGUCAGUAGAAGAGUUGGGAUCCAAGCCAGAAAACUCAACCAUUCCACCAAACAGACCAACUCCUUCAGACAUGGCCAUUGUCAUGUAUACCAGUGGUUCAACUGGCCGCCCUAAGGGAGUGAUGAUGCAUCAUAGCAAUUUGAUAGCUGGAAUGACAGGCCAAUGUGAAAGGAUACCUGGACUAGGACCAAAGGACACAUAUAUUGGCUACUUACCUUUGGCUCAUGUGCUAGAAUUGACAGCAGAGAUAUCUUGCUUUACCUAUGGCUGUAGGAUUGGAUAUUCUUCUCCACUUACACUGUCUGACCAGUCCAGCAAAAUCAAAAAGGGAAGCAAAGGGGACUGUACUGUACUGAAGCCUACACUUAUGGCUGCUGUUCCAGAAAUCAUGGAUAGAAUUUAUAAGAAUGUUAUGAGUAAAGUUCAAGAAAUGAAUUAUAUUCAGAAAACGCUAUUCAAGAUAGGGUAUGACUAUAAAUUGGAGCAGAUCAAAAAGGGAUAUGAUGCACCUCUUUGUAAUCUGUUACUCUUUAAAAAAGUAAAGGCUCUGCUGGGAGGGAAUGUCCGUAUGAUGCUGUCAGGUGGGGCACCAUUGUCUCCUCAGACACACCGAUUCAUGAAUGUCUGCUUCUGCUGCCCCAUUGGUCAGGGUUAUGGACUGACAGAAUCAUGUGGUGCUGGGACAGUUACUGAAGUUACUGACUAUACUACUGGCAGAGUUGGGGCUCCACUCAUUUGCUGUGAAAUUAAGCUAAAAGACUGGCAGGAAGGUGGUUAUACAGUUCAUGACAAACCAAACCCCAGAGGUGAAAUUGUCAUUGGUGGACAAAAUAUUUCCAUGGGAUACUUUAAAAAUGAAGAGAAAACAGCAGAGGAUUAUUCUGUGGAUGAAAAUGGACAAAGAUGGUUCUGUACUGGUGAUAUUGGAGAAUUCCAUCCUGAUGGAUGUUUACAGAUUAUAGAUCGUAAGAAAGAUCUGGUAAAAUUACAAGCUGGAGAAUAUGUGUCUCUUGGGAAAGUAGAAGCAGCACUGAAGAACUGUCCUCUUAUUGACAACAUCUGUGCUUUUGCCAAAAGUGACCAGUCCUAUGUGAUCAGUUUUGUGGUUCCUAAUCAGAAAAAGUUAACACUUUUGGCACAACAGAAGGGGGUAGAAGGAACUUGGGUUGAUAUCUGCAAUAACCCUGCCAUGGAAGCUGAAAUACUGAAAGAAAUUCGAGAAGCCGCAAAUGCCAUGAAGUUGGAGCGAUUUGAAAUUCCAAUCAAGGUUCGCUUAAGCCCAGAACCAUGGACCCCUGAAACUGGUUUGGUAACUGAUGCUUUCAAACUGAAAAGGAAGGAACUGAAGAACCAUUACCUCAAAGACAUUGAGCGAAUGUAUGGGGGCAAAUAAAACAUUGCUCUUCUACUCAUAGGAGAGGUUGCACAGAGGGUGACCUGGUUCUUCUUCUGUUCUAGAGUUUAAGCCUUUGUUGAACUGUCUGUUAGAAUGUAGGUGUAUCAUUCUAAAGAUCUAGUAAAAAAAUAUUCCUGAUUACAAUAGUUGUUGAGUCUACUUUAACUUAGUUUUGCAUAGUUCUAGUGAAGCUGAAAUUGAAAAGUUAUUUCCCUUUAGAUGUAUUAUUAAUUUUAGAGCAGAAAUUCUGUUUAAAAAAAAGCUUGAUACACUUUUUUCCAUAAAUCAAAGUAUUUGAUGUUGAACGAAGUAAAUUGGAGUUGGAGUAGAAUGUAGUUUGAGGAAAUUUGCAGCUUCCAAUGUUUAUUGUCUUCCUAGUUCUGAAGUUUAAAUAUUAAGCAUGACAAAAUAUGUAUUAACACUACUCAAAGCAGAAGUGCUGCAGGGCUUUAAAAUUCUCUUCUAACUAAAAUUUAUCUUGAAGGGAAAAUUCAGUCAUGAUAUAGUAGGGUAAAAUAAUACCUUAGGAGGUAUUAUUUUAAGACCACAAUUGUUACAUAGGUUAGAUGUAGAGUCAUUGUAAUAUUGUGAAUAAUUACAGUGCCUAAAGUAAGAAUAAAACAACAUAUGCAUACCAAAAAUAUCUAGUGACACAUUUGAAGGGGAAUUGAGUAGCUAUUUAAAUCUUUGAGAUCAGUAACUAUAAUUAUUUGAAUGACUAAAGAGGAAAGUACAAUUUUUAAAAUGCUGAAAAUUGCCUUUCUGUGUUUGUACAAAAUGAAAAGACUGAGACCAAGAAUAAAAUGAUGGAAAGUUAAUCAAAAUUUAACAGGAAGCAUUUUCUCUGUUAGAAAAGGUGAUGAAAACUUAAGUAUUUAGAAUUAUGAACCUUGCAUAGCACUGAACCUGGAAAAGAGAUUUAGAUUCUGAAUUUAUCUUUGAUAACAGGGAUUGAUUUGAAAAUGUACUCAUAUUAAAUUACAUUUGUAAUUUAUGAUCUGUUUGCUGUUGCUGAUUUGAUUCUUGAUCAGUAGUUUGCAUUUCAGAGAGCCUUUCAUUUUGCUUUAAUUUUAGGAAAGCGGGUUAUGAUGAAUGACUUCCCCAAUAUCUUGUUCAAACCUACGGGUGAUUAAUUGUCUUGGAUGAGUUUUGGGAAGUUAAAGGGAAGAAAACACUGUUACCAUAUUUUUCCUGUUAGUGAGGAGUUUAGAAACUGGAAAUGCUACAUUUGGGAGAAGGGCAGAGUUACUUGAUAAGGGACUGAUGUUUGUGCAGUAACAUGGAGUGUGGAUUUCUUUUUAAAUCUUUAAUUAAAAUCUGGGAUUAGAUAUUCACACUUGAACCAUAGUUACUGUAAAAAGCAAAAAUUCUUAAUACUGUUAUUCUUUGCACUUUUCUUAAUAUAUAUAUAUAUAUAUAUAUAUAUAUAUAUAUAUAUAUAUAUAUAUAUAUAUAUUUUGCUUACAUUGCUUUGUACAGAUGUGGGCCACCACUGCAACAAAGAGAAUUCUUUUUGCUCUGAAAUAUUUAUAAAGAAAAUAUUUAAAUGUUAUGUAUAUGGUGGUAAUAAGGAAAAAAUCAUCUGGUAUUAUAAGCAAGAAUGAAGGUUUUUGUAAAGAUUUCUGUUCAGUGUUCUGCAAAGUAAAAUUCUAGGUAAGUUUUCUUAAAGUUAUGUAUGAGUAUUCUCAUUCUUCCCAACUUGCCUUUGAAGAGUGAAACACCAUUAUUAUCAAGUAGAUUACUAAUCAACUUUUACUACUCUCGGCCCACAGUUAAUCCUUUAAGGAUGAUUUUAUUAAACUUUUCCAGUAUGUGAUCCCCAAGCCCAUUUAGAUUGGUGAUUUUAAAUGUGUGAGUGCAUGCAUACUAUCUUAUCUCAGAUGUUUGCAUCCCUACUCAACCCCAUCUCCCUAAAGCUGGAACACUGCCAACUAAUCUGUUGAAUAGGUCCUUUAGAAACAGUAAUUAACACUUAAGGUUGGGUGCUGCUAAUUCUUUGCGAAAUCCAAAUAUUGUUAAGGGACCAGGGAGAUGCCACUACCCCCUGAUUUUUCAUCUAAAACUAUACAUGUUUAUGUAAAUGGAAAUCUUUCCAUAUUCAUAGUGACUUUUUAAGUAUUGGAGCCUACAGAUUUUGAUCUCACAUUUUUAUACCUGUUUAAAUUGUUCAUAGUUAUGUGUAAGUCAUCAAAUACAGUGUACUUAAUAAAUUUAUUACAAGUAUGUGCAUUUCUAAGUCAAACACUUGUGACUUUUGCUUUAAUCAAAUGAAAGUAUCUUGCCUACUUGAUACUUGUAUUCAUGUUUUUUUUCUCCUAGAAUGGAGGUAUCAUAUGGCUUUUCAGAACCGAAAAACAGAUGAAUGAUUCAAAAAGUCAGAAGUUAAGGAGAAUAAUGUUUCUUUGAUCACAAAGAAUGAUUUAGUAAUCCUGCCUAUGUUUUCCUAAUAGCAUAUGACAAAUGUUUCUAAGGUAACAAGAUGAGAACAGGUUAAAGAUUGCACGGUGUUUUGGAUUUAGAGAGAAAUGUUUUAAUUUUUGAAUGUAGUUCCAAAUUAUAAUGUAUUCAUAUUUGUACUUUCUGUUAAAAUGCAUGAUUGCAGGAUUGUUAGAUUUUGUGUUUAUUCUUGAUGAAAAGCUUUGUUUGUCAUUUUUAAGUUUGCACUCGAAUCUUGUGAAAUAAAUCCACCCAUGUUAUCAA